AUGGCUUUGAAGUGUGGUUUCAUUCUUCUCUUGGCUGGGUUUGUCGGGAUUCUCGAGGUUCAAGCUGCCUCGGUUGCCAUAGAGAAGGAUAUCUGGAAAAGCCUGCGUCAAGGUGAUUUUAGUGUCCGUGUCGGUUUUGCUGUAGUUGAGAUAACGUUUUUCACACUAUGAGGAUUCGUAAUGUCUCGCUUAAUCUACCGGUUUUCGGUGAAGUAUUGUUCUUCUUAAACAUAUGUAUAAGUGAUCUUUCCUCGACCUUGAUCUUCAACUUGGUUUAAUUUUCCUUCCUACCAACAUGACUAGAGCGCGGAGCCAGAAAAUUUUUAUUUUACCGUUUUCUAAAGUCACUUACAUUCCAACGAUCUAUAAUGUAGUAACCAACUUUGAACCAAUUUUAAAAUAAAAGUUUAGAAGAAAAACAAUGCAACAAUGUAAUCAGAUGUUAGAUGAUUGAGAAAGUUUGAAAUAGUUGUAGCCGAUGUCCAGUGGAAAUGUUCCAUAUUCACGUUGGCUAUUUAAGCUAACAUAACAUCUGCAGUAAAAAGGGUUAAGAUCACGACGGUGGGGAGGGUACAAGACAAAAAAAAUGUAUUUUUUUCUCUUCGUAUCCCAGCCUCUAUCGAAUAGGAUAUGACAAAAUAAGAAGCUGUCUUAAGUUCAGAACUGGAGUGCUGGCUGCUAGCCCCAAAGGGAUACACUUAUAGCAUAAGAAAAAUAUGUAUCACUAUCAUUUUGUGUUCUCAGCUGAUCAGGACAAGAGGAACACAGACGUGGAUAGUCUUGACACUGAAAAUCUAUCGACAGGUAUUACGAUUACUUAUUAAUAUUCCUCUGACUUUUAGUUUUCAUUUUUCAUAAAUUCCACCUUUACUUCUUGUCUUCGGUGAAUUUUUCAAUGUUCGCAAAUGCCCAGAGCAUUUACGCAAACAAUAGAUGAGUUCUGGACCCAAUUAUAGACUCAGAGAUUGCUAGUAUCCUGCCUGUAUUCAGAAAAAAAUGUUAAACUUUGGAAUACAUCAUCAGAAUACAUAGCCAACAAGUAUGUAUGUAUAGAGCCCUCCCCCCCCACACCAUAAAAAGAAGCGAUCUAGGGUUCAAUUCAUACCAAAGUCGCUCCUUUAGCCUAGCCGUCAAAUUGAUUUUAACCAUCACUACUAGCAAAAAUCGAUAACUUAUCGUGAAGAUCAGAUCCAAUGCAAUUUAAUUCUCAAAUCCAUUCUAACUACAUUCACUGUUUACAGAUGAAGAUUUUAGUUAUGAAGACCUUGCCUCGGAUGUCGCUUUCCCGAGAAGAGCAGGUAACUCCUUUGUAAUUAGGCCAAACUAACAAGCUGCAUCGGCCAAUCAAAAAAGAAUAACAUCUAAAUGAACUUUUAACACCAUGCGGUGUCACGCCUCCCCUGGCGCUGCCCCUCUACUACUCAAUGGGUGAGAAAUGACACGUUGAGACUAAGAACAUCAAAAUUUCAACAUACAUAUCACAAGUGAUAUACGAAAUAAAUCAUUCAUGAUGUUUUAUCUUCGGUGAAGAAUUAAAAUUUCCAAGGUAAACUGCACUUAGGAAAUAAAAAGUCGAAUGUAACACACAAAACCUGAAAAACGACGUCAGGCGUCUCGACCGGUCGGUUGCUAUAGGAGUUCUUCUACUAACUGACCAAUAAAGCCACAACAGAUCCUUGCCAAUAAAUACGCAUAGUCAUUGGAAUACCUAUAAUUACAUCCUCAAGGGAAGUUUAACAUACUAUUGAACUUGAAGUGAGAUUUAGAACACCAUCAGCAGUUUUCAGAGGUCUUCGAGACAUCUUCGGGGAAAAGACUAGAUAGAAGAUAUGAUAAUUAUAAUAGUAACAAAGACCAGAAUGAUGCAAAUAGUAAAUGAUGAUUAAAAUCUAUUAAUGUGUUCCAUGCUUCAGUUUGUGCUGACGCUUUCAGUGGAUUGUGCAAAAUGCUUGGAAAAAAUAAACAGUGUGACAAGGGUAGGCACACGAGGUUCGCUAUGAGGUAUUGCCACGGCAGUUGCCCAGAAUACUGUAAAUAAUGCGGUAAGUACUAAAGAAACUUGUUAGCAGUUAGAGAUGGAGCCAGACGGGCACUAUGGACAAGCUACCAAUAGUUAUGGUUCUAUAAAGUGGCUUGUUAUUUCAUUUGUUUUUACAUCGGCAUUUCUAGAACGCCGGUUUUCAACCAUCUUCAGGAAGCCUGUCUUCAAAAAAAUCCUUACAACAUAUGUACCAGAUAAAUUCCAAGCAAAUAUUAUAGUUAUAGGAGAUGGUUAGAUAAUUACGCUGGAGACAAAAUUAGAAUGUUAACCCUCCAAGGGCUUAAAAGACAGGGUGGAAUGAGUCCCUAGGCUCCUAUGCAUAUGGGCUUCGGAAGCAACUUCUUGUUUUAAUAGUUUUUACUCUUAAAGUAUUUCUCCUAGUCUAAAAAGGAUAAAAGUAAUGGGACCCAGGAAAAUCCCUUACUGGGGGUAAAAGAGAAUCAGUAAAAGUGCAAAUAAAAAACUCAUUUUUACCCGAAGUAAGUGGGAGCUUUAUGCACGAAGUUAGUUUUAACCACGUCUACUUUUCCUUUUCAGACUUAAUUGGAGUUGCCCAGUCUGGAAUAUUCGAUCGACAAAAAUAAAAUAAUGAACCAAACUUAAAAUAAUGAACCAAACUUAAAUCUUAAACCUAAUUCUUUAAACUUAAAGAGAUCCUCUGUUCUUUAUCAUAGUGCAAAACUUCAUGAGAUAUUGCUUUCGACUAAUUUUGGUCAACUGGCGCGGUUUACUUUUUAAAAGAAUUCACUAGACUCGAUAGCCGGUUCCGUUCGGAAAUUGAGCCCACGCUCCACAGGUAGGAACGAAAACCGGACUAAAGAGAGUAGUGGAAGUCCGGCCUAGGAAUUGACACAAAUGUCUAUGUUGUGAAACAGUGAUGGCAAAAUAUAUAAAAUGAAAUGUUUAGUAAGGCUCCUUGGAAGAGAUAAGGAACCAGGAAAAGUGCAAUUAUUCAAUCUAUGUAUAAAAGAGGGUCUUCACGUCGUGGUGAUCUUGUGUGCUUCCCACA